AUACGCGCGGCAUAUACGCGAUACAUGUGCUGUGAUGUGAAAUGCGGCUGGCUGUGCUAUCGCGGUUAGCAACGCUGAAUACCCGAUUGUUCCAUUCUUUUCUUGGCAAAGCAAGCCAAAGACUUUACACAGCAGACACGAAGACGAGUACUAGAAGAUUUCUAGCAGGCCUGAUCUUCUGUGGCCGAUUCCUCAUCAAACAAGCCCCCAAGAUGGCACUCACCACGAGUGCAUCGCGUCUUCCCCUGCACGUGAAGGCCCGUAAGGAGACGUACCCAAAUUCUGAUGUCAAACGCUUCCCAGUACCAGACGAUAAGGUCCAAUGGUCCGUUGACUGGCCAGAAUACAAACCUGUGGAGUUUACAAACCCUAAAGUAUUGGCAGGCCCUGUAUGGGCAGAUCCAGAAAUAAGAGGGCCAAAUGCACCCAAAAUGAAGUUCAACCGAGUAGACGGCAAAAUCAACAGACGCAGUCACAUGAAACCAGAUUACGAAAUACCUGACGGAGUGCCAAGGAAUCCGUGUGGAAGGACUGGCAUGACAGGAAGAGGGGAACUAGGGAAAUGGGGGCCAAACCAUGCUGCAGACCCCUUAGUCACGAGAUGGAAAAGGGAUGCUCAAGGGAAGGAGGUAGUCAACCCAGUAACAAAGAAGAAGGUUCUACAGUUCAUUGCAAUAUGCAGGAAGGACUCGGGAGCAUGGGCCAUACCUGGGGGGAUGGUAGAUGCAGGGGAGACAGUAUCAGUGACAUUGAGGAGAGAGUUUGGUGAGGAAGCUAUGAACUCGCUGGAUGCAACUCCCAAGGAAAGGAAGAAGAUUGAGAAGGCAGUAGGAGAACUAUUCAAGCAUGGAAUUGAGGUCUACCGCGGCUACGUGGACGACCCCCGCAACACAGACAACAGCUGGAUGGAGACGAUAGCCGUCAACUUCCACGACGGCACGGGCAACAGCGUGGGCAAGUUCGCCCUGUACGCCGGGGACGACGCGGGGGCCGUGCAGUGGACAGACAUCGGCUCCGAUCUGACGCUCUUUGCGAGUCACGAGUCCUUCAUCGAAAAGGUGGCCAUAAGGCUGGAUGCCCACUGGUAACAUUACACACCGCUUUCCUCUUGUACUGUACGUAUAUAUCUUUUAUCGGGCCAGGUAAAAAAAAAAUCAAGUUUAGCCUCCAUGUGUAUUCCACUAUUUUGGACGGUUGCCAGAUUUUUUUAAUUUGAAAGAAAUAGAAAGAAAAGUGUGCUACAUGAAAAAAAUUGUAAAAGCAGUGAAUGCCCAAGAAGCUUCCACCCAUAUAUGCUGGAAAAUAAUUUCUUCAAUUAAAGCUCAGCGGCUAUCUUAAAAAUGAGACUGUUUCCACUAUGAAAAAAAAAAGAUCUGCCACCUUCCUUUUGAAGCAGGACUCUAAACAUGUUCCCUUUUUUUUUACUUGGCCUUUUAUUAAUGUAAUUAUUAUUCUAAUAUUCUAAUGAAAUGUUCUUGUGGUGUCACGCCGGGGUACUUGAGUUGAGAUUCUGGUUUUGGGGGAAUGUCCUGAAAUAGACCGAUACGUGGAGCAUUAACCAGUGGUAAGAGCAACCCGAGUCUUGUAACUGUUUGCCAUUCAAGGCAUUGCCAAAGAUGGUAACACCAUUCCAGAAAUUUCGGUGGUAAUUGUGAAAAGGUUUGUCAAAACAAUUUGGGGAAACAAAACUCACAUUGUAAAGGCUAUAAUAAGCUGGAGUACUUUCAAGUUUCAAUUGUUGUUGUCUACUAGUGUUGAAUUGUACAGUCAUCCCAAGUUCAGAUGUUGAUUGCAGCUGAGAGCAUUCAAGUUCAGUAAACAUUGUUUCGGUUCCAUUCUAACCCUUUAACUACUUAAAACUUCAUGUUUUCCCUAAGUAAAAACGUGAAGUGUGGAGGCUGUUAGCUAGUCACAUAUAAAUAAUCAUGUAGCCUUUUAAAGAUAAUUUACAACAUUUGCUUUUUGCUGUAAUUUUCAGAAAUGGACAGAUUUGGGGGUUAGUAGCCCCCCUGCCUCAUAGCAAACAUUGUUACACUGACCUGUUUAAAGUUUUGUGUUCAUGGAUGCUGGAAAAAAAAAAACAAGAAAAAAGUGCCGUUCUUGUAGUCUGGUUCCCUGACCCUACUUCAGACGAACCAGAACAAUUUAUAUGCGUCAGGGGAAUUGUCAUGUAAGGGAACUAUCUAGCUGGCUUGCACCCUUUCACGGAUGUGUAACUGAUUGCAAACAAAAUGUGGAUUAUCUAAUUUUGGAAAUUGGGGCCGUAUUUGAAAAAAAGUCACUUUCUUUUUCCAACGAUGUUUGGCCAACCAUCGUUGGCCAAAAUACAAAAUACAACUUUUAAUACAAAAGUCGAAUACAAAUUUCAACUUUUCUUAAAAGUGACAGCACACCAGGUGCCAAGAUUUCACAGGAUGCUUGAGACUACUAUUUACUAACAGUCCAGUAAGGUAUUUUAUAAUAAUUUGAUAGUUUUGUUUUUAAUGUUUGCAAAUGUUGUUGAUUACCUUUACAAAAUCCCUCAAACAAUAUUGAAAAUAGCCUCAUGCCUGUGACCAAUAGGAGUUCCCUAUUAGAUAAAAACAAAAAGAUUAUAAAAUUAAGGUCCUGUUUAUGUACCUAGUCUUCAAGUGUUCUGGUUUUUAAACAUUUUAACUGCUGUACCUCAGUUCAAUAUACAUUUAGAGAACAUGUGGUUUAGUUUCCCACAAAACUCAUUGGGAAAAAAAA